AUGUCUGAAGUAGAGAAGUACGAGGUAUUGGAGAAGAUCGGCCAUGGCUCCUUUGGGAUCAUCAGAAAGGUGCGCAGAAAGUCAGAUGGUCAAGUGCUCUGUCGCAAGGAGAUCAAUUAUGUGCGCAUGUCAACAAAAGAAAGAGAACAACUCCACGCUGAGUUUGCCAUUCUUUCUUCUCUUCGACACCCGAACAUCGUUGGAUAUUACCACCGGGAACACCUGAAGUCAACCCAAGACCUCCAUUUAUAUAUGGAAUAUUGCGGAAAUGGAGAUCUCGGUCGCGUCAUCAAGGAUCUUAAGCUGAAGCAGCAAUACGCAGAAGAAGGAUUUGUGUGGAGCAUGUUCUCUCAGCUGGUCACAGCGCUGUACAGGUGUCACUACGGCGUUGAUCCCCCAGAAGUUGGAAGCAAUGUCAUGGGGCUGGGCAAUACUGCGAAACCGCGAACACCUCCUGGCGGUGUUAUGAUCUUGCAUCGCGACCUCAAGCCGGAAAAUGUUUUCCUUGGAGAAGACAAUUCAGUUAAACUUGGGGAUUUUGGUCUUUCAAAAAUCAUGCAAUCACACGACUUUGCAUCCACCUACGUCGGUACUCCCUUCUAUAUGUCCCCUGAAAUCUGCGCAGCAGAGCGAUAUACCCUCAAAUCGGAUAUAUGGUCACUCGGAUGCAUCAUCUACGAACUCUGCGCUCGAGAACCUCCAUUCAACGCCAAGUCACACUUUCAACUAGUCCAAAAGAUCAAGGAGGGAAAGGUUGCACCGUUACCCAGUGUUUACUCUCCAGAACUCAACGCUGUCAUUAGAGAUUGCCUCAAAGUCAACCCGGACCGGCGGCCUGACACUGCCACCCUACUCAAUCUCCCUGUUGUUAAGCUGAUGCGAAAGGAGAAGGAAGUUGUAGAACUUGGACGGCUACUGAAAACAAAGGAGGAUCUUGCUAUGCAGAAGGUACGAGAAGCAGAAGACCGGCUCCAGAGACUGGAUGCAGAGAAAGCGCAAAUGCGACAAGAGAUUGAGAAUUCUCUGCGAAGGGAAUGGGAAGUCAAGGCUCAGCUAGAGAUCAAUCGACUUGUGCAACUCGAGAUUGAACGAUUGCAAAAGAAAUUUGACCAAGAAGUACGGGAAAGAGUGGAGGAUGAAUUGCAAAAGAGGAUUAGCACGCAAAGUGCCUCAUCAGCAAAGGACCUUUCAGGUUCAGGGCCCCAGCCUGGAAAUGACAUACCACUCUCAUCAGUGAGCACAAGUGGAGAUCUCGAUUUCCCCUCUACGACAGAUCUGACGGAUCUCUCAAUGGAUUCUCCAGAACCCAGCAAAACUCUCAAGAGAAGUACACGCACUCCCUUUGGCCGGGCUCAAACUAUGUUUGCUGGCGGAGCUGGUACACCAAUGGAUGUGGAUAUGUCCGAACCAUCACCAAUUUCCAUUGCCUCGCUCUCCCUCUCACCCCGCCGCAAUGGUGGCACGAAAGCCCCCAGUACCGGACGAAACAUCUUCGCUGCGGCUGCCGCAGCUGGAGCUGAAGCUCGCUGGCAGCCGACUAUGAUCACCUCGGACGACGAGGAUGAUGAGGACGACCUUCCUCCCGUACCUUCACCCACGCGACCAAAAGCUUCAAAGAACCCAUUCAAACCAGCCGGUGCUCGACCAGCUCUGGUCUCCCAGAAGACUGCUCCACUAGCCAAGAAGAACAGCCAGCUCAAUAUCUUUGCCGCGGGCAAAGCAUCGACUGCCCCAUCGCUACCGACAUUAUCCAACGUGCCAGAUUUGAGACCUCAGUCAAGCAACCCUGCGCUGAAAGAACGAAGCAACUCGCCCAAUCGACGAUUAUCCAAGAUCCCCAGCUCCACGAAUCUCCUAAGUCUCGAGAAUGCCCCUCUCUCACCAACCCGCAAAGGCAGUCUCAAAGCCAAAGGCGCCAAUACAGGCGAAGAUCUGAACAAGAUCGCAGUAAAGAACAACAUGGCCAAAGUUAACAGCGGUGGAUCAGGAACUCUACCACCACGUGGGAGGACCUUAGUCGAAUUAGCACAAGCAAGAGCUGGCGGCAGACCAGUGGAGAUUGCGGAUGGGACCAGGAGCCCCGAAGCCAAGGGUAAAGCAUUCGCCGCGCGGAUGGCAGAGAGGAUCGCAAAGGAGAGUACGCCACCGCCGGUCUGGGAUCCAGAGACGGACGACAUGCCUAGUCCAUUCUUGGUACGGAAUCGGAAGGUUGUGCGGUGA